UAGAUGCGAGGAUUAAAUAUUACAGAAGAUUACUGUUGUGCAUAACUAAUUACGCACAAUGUCCUGUCAAAUUAAAGGAAUAUCAAAUAUACCAGAUAUAGAUAAUGUUAAGAAAUUACUUUAUGGCAGUGCCAUUAGCAAAUUUGAGUAUGUACCAAGCAAUGAAUUACCUCUUCAAGACUGUCAUAUAUCAUUGUCAUCGGUUGGAGAUGUGUUUGCAAUGGCUUGGAAUACAAAGAUGAUUAUAUUUGUUUCAAGAUGGGAUUCGCAAGAAUUAGACGAAAUAAAAAAUAAAUUCCACAUAACAUGGCAUGGAGAAAUAACAAAGGAACAGAAUGAAUGGAUAACAUCAGUGAUCUGCUUACCUCUAAUAUCUUUAGGAAAGGCUAGUGGUCCAGAUUGGACAUGUAUAGCUGUUGGGUAUAAUACAGGCUUUGUUAGAUUCUAUACAGAAACAGGUGCAUUGCUCUUUGAGGAACAGAUUCACAAUGAAUCAGUUCUAGGAAUAAAAUGUCAAUCAUUCUCGUUACCGAGACACGUUGGAGAUGCUGGCUGUAGUGAAGAAAUUUAUAUAUUGUAUAACAGUGGUGUCUGUAUAUUACAAGGAUUUCCAUUAUUUUCAACUUUACGUGCAUGUAGAAAUCACUUGGCUAGAGUUCAAGCUAACUGCAAUGAUUUACCACCAGUUCCAAACUUGUCAUAUAAAAAAUGGGCAUUUAAAAAUCAAGAUAUUGCAAAUGAUUCAGAAGUAAUUGGCACAACAUCAAUAAAUAGUUUUGAUCAUUUCAUGACAGCUUCAAUUUGCGGCGGAUAUAAUGCAAUGUAUAGAUCUAGCGCGCCGCAACAUAAUUUAGUCGUUGCAACAGGAAAACGGCCGUUUGUAGGAUUCCAUUAUGCAUUGGAGGGUGGUAAUGCACCAGUUCUAUCAGAUGUUGCCAUUGCUAUGGCUAGCAAAUUGGCUAAUGCUAUUGGUACUGCUGUUCCAUGGUUUCGCGGCAGUUCGAAGAGUACGACAUCUGAAGCAUCAAAGGGUAACAUUCACGAAUCUGUAGAGACAAUGAGCUGUCGGUUUGGUUUAAGCGAUAUUAUGAGAGAAGGUGAUUGCAUUGUCUGCAGUCCAAAUAAAAUGUUAUCGGUAAUAUCGGACGCUAUGGGCAGAGUAUUACUUAUAAAUAACAAAAGAGGCGUAGCUGUUAGAAUGUGGAAAGGAUACCGUGAUGCUCAGUGUGGUUGGAUCGAAGUUACCGAAGAGAGAGAUCGUGGAGUCCACAAGAAUAUCAAUAAAUCUGGGCGAAAAACUUUAUUGCGCACAGCGUUAUUUCUAGUUAUUUAUGCGCCGAAGAAAGGUGUGAUAGAUAUUUGGAACGUACAGCAAGGUCCAAAAAUCACUACCUUUACCGCUAGUAAAAAUGGACGACUACUGCAUAUUAACUAUGGUUUUCUGGGCGCAAAUGAUAAUGCUAUUUUGUCAAAGAAUAAAGCGCAAUACUCGUGUGUGUUUAUGGAUCCACUUGGAGGAUUAAAGGAGAUUUGUGUUCCGUUUCAUUUUGCACUUAAUAGUAAAAACGGAAAACGUGCGCGCGACAUACAUUUACUUAGGAAACUGAGAACAUAUCUGAGGGAAGAAGAAUUUGAUGAGGAAAAAUUAGUUUUGGAAGUUACCAACACUUGUCUGGGAUUAAAGACAAAUGAAAUUAAAGUACAGAUGAUAGAAGUCUUAAUGAAUAGCAAACAUAUUUUGCCAGAUGCUUUGCUUGCUGCAAUAAAUUGUUUUGUGAUAAAAUCAGAAGAAGAAAAAGAAUUAGAUCCUACCGCUAAGAUGCUUCAUCAGUUGACUAUGCAAUUACAGCAAAUAAUUAUAUUUUAUAAAUAUGUUAAGUCUCAACUUGACAUUCCUCCUGAGUAUAACAUUGUAACAGCUGAUAAUGCACCAAGUCCUAAAUAUUUAUCUUCGAUAUUAUUGACUUCGGAACGAGAAGUACAUCGUAUUAUUAAAUUGGCCAAGAUGAUAAAUAGUUUUAAGGAUAAUAAUGUUUCGGCAGAAACUAAAGUCAAAUUUAAAGAGGACGAAAAAAUGUUCUUUAAUUUUCUAUCAUGUUUUGAAUUUGGUACAUCAAAAUUAAUUGGACUACAAAAAGAUCUAAAAAAGGAAACAAUGAACGACAUUUCGCGACUAAUAUAUCAAGGAUGGAUGUACUCGAAUGAUGUAAAAGAGAAAUGGCAACAAGCUGCUAAAGAUAGUAACAUUCAACCAUUCAAUUUCAUGGAAUUAGCAUUAAUAUAUUGGACACAGAAAGAGGAAACCGUAUCUUUGGAAGUUGAGCUGAAACGUUUUACGCAGCUUCUGCAUGUUAUUUGUUUGUUAACUGAUGUGGAAGAUAUAUGUGUUGAAUAUAAUGAAGUUUCUCUCUGGUGGAAAACCGUACGGACCAUUUUAACAGAAUCUACAAAACCAUUUAAUGCGCUUACCGCUGCAUUAGCAUGCAGAGCAAUUGCUAUAAUUUUGGAGAAAUAUAAAGAAAAAUUACAAAAUCAGAAAUUGUUGGAGACUAAUGGCAACGAAGGUGAAGACAUUAAAAAUAUAAAUAAUGUAACCAACAUAGAUAAAACGGAAAAUAAACCGAGCGACAUCACACCAGAUGAUGAAAUGUACAGUUCAAUUAGCGAAUGGGAAAAUGUUAGCAACGACACUUGUCAAUUCACAUUGUUAAUUGGGAAUCUUGAAGAUAUUACCAUUUUGAAUGCUGUUAUUAGUCAGCAAGUUAUACUAGACGAAACAACACAAUUCUUCACUUUACCAUUUACAAAAAAUGAUAUUUCUUUAGCAUUGAUUAUUUCCAAAGGAAAAGGUUCUGUCUCUGAACUGGUCGCAAAAUGGCUCAGUACAACAGGUAUCGAUCCAGUACGAUUAAUCGACACAACUGAUGUGGAAUUCGAUCAGUUGCAAUUAUCAAUAGAUUCCUUACAAUUGACUGAUGCACUGGAUGAAGCAACUGCCAUUGAAGUACCUCAACAAGAACAACCAAAACUUCUUUCAUUAUCGGUAGAGAUUGGAGAUGAAGCAAAAACCAAUAUGACAGCAGAAGCAUAUAUAUUAGACAAGAUGAUUUUACUUAAGCGCCAUUUUCCCCACAGUUUAACGAGCAGUGUCUUGCUGGCCAAUUUAUGCUGGGAAUUUGCCAUGUCAUGGAAUAAAGAUGUUACUCAAUUAGAUCUGCUCACAGCUGCUUUGACUGUUUUACAACAAAUACCCAUGAAAAAUAUGAAACAUGGCGUUUGCUGUCUAAUGUGGACGCUUCAUAUAAAGAAAAGAAUGGAAGCAGCGGCAAAGCUGAUGAAUAAGCUCGGAAAGUUGCCAAAGGAAAGAUUGUGCAUGCAAGACAUUGGUUUGUCCGACAUUCAACUUACAACGUUUCUACAGCACUGUGUCACUUUCUUGGAUAUAUUUAUUGACGACGAGAUACUUAAACGAGGAGAUGGUGCAACGAUAAAAUCGGAAGAAUUAUGGGAUGGACAUACCGGUGGACCACAACCAUUUGCCACACUAGCUAUUUCUCAAACGCCAGCUUGGUAUGAUUUGAUCUUGUUACAUGUACAAGUGGCAAAUGUUCUGUACAUGAUGGCGUGUCUUAAUUUGAAAAUGCUAAAACCACUGAAUAACUUGUUCGAGUCCGUAGUACAACCUUAUUUCUUUCAAGACAUAACGGAUAAAGCGAUACUCACGUGGUACCGAGACGACAAGAGAGACAAUACGCGUACGGAAUUUUUAUGCAGAGUAAUUACAGCGUCGAUGGAAUUCAUUCAUCGCGAGACCACCGACGGCGUGACGAUUAGUUCGUCACAAGCUAUUUCGUGGAUGAGCAAGUGUCAGGCGUUGGCGUCAAUUUGGAAGAUUAAUAAUGAUGAAUUGAGAAUACACCAAGCCUGUCAAUUAUACAUAAACGGUUUCGAUCGUUUGGCGGAAGAGGUAACUGUAGCAGUAACUGAUAUCGAACGUUUGGCUGCAAACUUAUUGCCUAUAGUUGGAAGAAGAAUGAUGGCGUAUCUUUCGAAAACACCUAAUCUCUUGGAAGAAAUGUCACGAAUGAGUCCAGCGCUUACAAGAUAUUUGGAAAAUCUGAAUGUGCCUCAAAUAGUCUGUACGAAUUGUUCCAAUGUCGACACUGUGGAACUGAUUCGGCGAAUAUCUGUGCAUUUACCUAAAACUCACUGUGAUUAUCAUAUUGCGCAAUUGAUGUUGGAUGCAACAUUUAUUUACGAGGGUAAUAAUUAGCUUCUGAUUUUUUGGUAAACUAUGUCCUGUGAUACCAUGAAGCAUGAAGCCGCCAUACACGAGAAUUUUAUCACAAACUGUAUAAUUUGUAUAUAUUGAAUACAACGAAACGCGAUAAUAGUUUAAAUCAUUGUCAAUUUAUCGAUGGGAAGACAAGAUCGUCACUAUCGUGUAUAAUAGUAAAAAGAGUGAUAAUCAAGCUGCAAAGUCAUAAGAGUAAGUAAUAUAAACUGUUAUUUUUUCUUUGGGACAUUAUGGGCAAUUUAAUCAAGCGGAAUUAUACGACGAUCUUGAUACAAUCUUUGAAUCGCACUCUGUAUUAAGAGUGUAUAUAUUUGUACAUAUAAUAUUUAUUAUAUAUAUAGUAUCGCUUUAUCACAGGACUAAUUGUUCUUGUUCUAAAAGAUGUGUGUAUAUAUAUAUAAUAAUAAUAAUUUAUUUGGCUUUUUUGGGGAAAGGGGAGAGAUUAGAACGUAUUUAUCGAUUUUUCAAGUAUUCAGUAUAGAGUCAAUAAUUUCUAAUCUGUAAUUAUUCUAAUUAUUCUAUCAUGUAUAUCUGUAAUUAAAUAUAAUAUUUCUUUUGAACUUA